UGAUCAAAAUAUGAGUACAUCGUUAAGUUAAAUUAAGUUUGCAAAAAAGAUUUAGUAAUAAUUAAAUUGGCUGUCGGGUGGACAAAUCCUUACUCGUCGGUUCCCUCGUUGGGUUCAGUCUGGAGUUUUAGCUUUCUGGAAACAAUAAGUUUUCAAAAUAAAAAUACACACAGUAAAAUAAUUUUAAUUAAAUGAGGGAAAAUUAAUGUAGGUUACAGAUUUUAACUCACCUGAGUCAAGAAAUUUGUAGUAGUCGUUAAACUUAUUAAAAAACAAUUUUUCCAUCGAAAUCAAUGGAACACACCAAUUAAUUUACCCAUUGUGUUGACUGUUUCGUGGAGGAGGAAGGAAAAUGGCCGCCAAGCAUACCCGUGCACAAGGAAGAGACUGACACAAUUUGGUGUGAAGUCCAGGUCUCGCUUGCUGCUGUAACAUCGUAUCGUGUCAAUUCGACACCUCAGCAGGAAUAUCGCUGAUACCGGUAGCGUGUCAACGCGUUUUUUUUGCUCAGUGUCAUUUUUACACAACGGUUUGACACUGUUUAGUGGAAUUGAGGUUGACACCGACGGUUGGUGUUAACGAAAUUCUUGGUUUUGUUACCAAGUUGCUAAGAGUGUACGGAUGAUGGAAUCUGGAUCACACUGGGAGAGGAUUUCUCAACAAAAUUGCAACUCCGGGCUGAGCGUAGUUUACAGGGCGACGGAAAGCGCAUGACGAUUGGAAAUCUGAUCCAGAACAAUAAUGGCAAACAAUUCGUGGAAAGAAUUAGUUUCUUCUAUCCGAAUUCGACUCUGGACAACUGCAUCGAUUUUUUCAGCCCGGAUUGUAACGAUCGCGUCGGAUGGAUCAGUGCGGGCAGAGAUGUCGCAACCGGGGCUAAAAUCGGGUUUGAUUCGGAUCCCGUGGAUUCACCGAGGUUUACAACGUGCCCCAGUAGUACUGGUGAAAGGGGUAUUUUGAUUCGAAAUUCCGUCGGACGGACCGUCGCCGCUGGACAAGCUACUCGAUGUAAGGUUUCUUGGGGGAGUAAAACGUAUAAAGAGUUCCGGAUUCUUCUGCCCGCCAAGGGAAUUUCCGAGGCUGAAAGAAAUCUAAUUUUUGCCGUGCUCAUCCUUUGGGUAAAUUUAAUUGACAAUAGAUAACAAAUAUUUGGAAAAUAUUCCAGAAAUCAGAACGCACUCUUGAAAAUAAUGUCACCUUUUUGAAAAGUAGAUAAAUACAGUCUAAUUUCUAAAUAAAGCAAGCUUAUCGGUAGCAAAUAACUAACUA